AAGCGCAGCUUGCUCUCUUAAGACGUGACACGAAACAGCCGUCAGUUUUGUGCAAGUCGGGCGAAAAUUUGUCCGGAGUGAGGAAAACGACAACUAAAGGCAACAUUUUUUGCUCCAAACGAGCAAAAUCGAGUUUUCUACAAAUAGCAACCUGGGGGACAGUUAGCAGCGUAAGCCCCUGCACUGUAUAUUUGUGUGGAGACCACACUACAAUGGGCCUAAUCAAAUUGGAUUGCCAGGUUCGUGUACACUUGGCAGAAAUGAAGGGUAAGCUGAGAUCCACAUGAGAUAGCAUGCGAGCAUCAAAAAGACACUCUAAAAGGCAAGUCAAGAUAGACGAGCCAACACACCUACACGGACCUGCGACAGACACCCAGCGAAAUUCCCAAGCAAACAGCACAACCAACAGUGGUGGAGCUGGCCAUUCCCAACCCACAGGGGUGGCGGGUGCCUUCCAGAGACAGUAUUACCCCCACUGGGUCAUCAUCGGCCUGAUUGCUUUGCUGUUGACUGUCGGUUACCAGCGAUGGGACCUGGUCAUAGGUUUUGCCAGGGAGUUGCGAGAACACCCUUGGAAAUUCGUUGGCAGAUGCCCGUCUUUGCAUCAGAGAAUACCGUGGGGAGCGACCAUCGACCGAAGGAGUAAUCUUACGCUUGAAGAGUUUCGUCGAGUCUACGAUGCUCAAAGACCGGUUCUGAUUACCGAUGUACUGCAGGAUUGGGGAGCGAUGCGCUGGGACGCCGACUUUUUCCUAUCGCAGUACGGCAAGCAGCGAGUGGUAAUGAAAGCCGUUGAGGGCACGCUGGAUCAAGCGGAAGGCUUCUCGCUGCCGCUAGAGAGGUUCAUUGCUCACCGUCACCAGAGCAGCCCUCAUCACUGGACCUACGUGGAAGAUGAGCUGCUCGUCCCGCACACAGCCGAGCUAAAGAAGGACAUCGGUUCUUGCCCUUAUCUAGAGGAAGACUUCUUUAAGUUGUUCCCCCAGGAGAUUCGUCCGUGGGACGCCAUGCUCCUGUGGGGGACUAAGUACUCGCGGUCCAGCCUCCACAUUGAUCCCUAUAAUUGGACAGGAACCAAUGCAGUCAUCAAGGGAGUGAAGCAGUGGAAACUGUACCCACCUGGGCAAGACGAGCAUCUCUAUAUCCUGCCUGACCGCAUGUCUGGUUUCCCGCUUAAGAGCUACAAAUACAACAGCCCCGUCGAUGCCUUUGAUCCCGAUUUGAACCGAUACCCAAACUUUGUCAAGGCCGAGGCCGUUGAGUUCACCCAGUACCCAGGGGAGCUCCUCAUCAUUCCAACUGGGUGGUUCCAUCAGGCGUACAACACUGAGGAAACAAUAGCAGUCAGUGGGCAGGUCAUGAACAGGGCAAACUAUAGGAUGGUGUUGGAGGAGAUUUUCAAAGCUGGCAAUGUCAAUGUUGAAUCCCUACCCUCCAGCUUUUCUGACAUGGCACCCGUAGACCAGGUGCGGACAGUUAUGGAGGCGAUACCACAGAGUAUUUUGGAUGAAGGUCGCAGGGUCACCGAGCUAGCCCUUAACCAGGUCAAGAGCAGAUCGCAUGAGCACACCCGAAGCACAGUUGAUGUGUAGAACGGAGCAACAUUAACGUUCAUUCAGAUAGCAGCAAAAAUUUCGAAGAAACCUCAGCUGUUGGUGUCUCGAAGCUCCCAUCGUUGUUUGCUUUUUGUUUGGAGAUCGCCCCAAUUUACUUCUCAAGUUGCAUUUGUUAUUAGAAAAAAAAUAAGAAAUCUCGAUGUUGAAGUACGUUGGCAAAAGAAGGAACAAGCAAAGGUGUCCAAGGAAGUUACCUGGACAUCCAUUAAUUUAAUUACAUAUUCACAUAUUUGAUGUGAUCCUUUAUCCAUUACAGGAAGCUUUAGAAAAGUCUUGACUUUGUUAUUCUUGAGAAGAUAAAUAGUUUUCAGAGUGAUGUCAGUUUCAUUACCACCAGUAUUAGUUCAAUUAAUAGUAUGAAUAUUAGGUUUUUAGGGGAGGGCUGCUAUCCCCCCCCCUUGGUAAUUAAUUUACUGUAAGUGUUGCAUGGCACUGGGGAGCUACAGAUUAAGAAGAAAGCAGUAACAUCUACAACUCAUGGCAAAAAUGAAGACUAUCAUGUCUCGUGUACUGAGGGAAUGAGAAUUCACAAACAUGGUUUACGAAUUCCAAAGUUUUUAAGAAGUACUUUUAGGAUUUUAAUUCAGGUCAGAUUGUGAAAAGCUCCUGUAUUGUGACUUCUGUAUAUUCGAGCACCGUUUGUACUAUUUAUUUGUGGUUUUAAUUAGUAACAUUUUGCACUUCAAGAGACAUGUUCAGUGAGCGGUUAUUAUUUCCGUGAAUUCUGAGAGAACAAAUUAAAGAAUUGAUUGUCCUUGA